CCUGCACAGCUCUUUUUGGUUCUUUCCCCUUACAAAGCUUUCCACCUUUUCCCCCCUCCUCCUUCUUCUUCUUCUUCUUGGCAGGGAAAGGAAAGGAAAGGAGAGCGAGUUGAUAAUAAAAAGGGGCUUCUUCUUCUCUCUUAAGUCUUACCCCUUCAGUUCGUAAUUGGUUCUCUUCUCCUUCGUCACUGUAGCUACUUGUAAAGCUUGCUGCUUUGUAGGUAGUAGUAGUAGUUGUUGUUGUUUUUUGUUCUAUGUAUACCGUCUUUGUUUGACUACUGUUUCCCCUGUCUCUCUCUCUCUCUGCCUCCACUACCGUGACACAAUAGCAAAUUAAACCCGCACUUUUUCAGUUUUUCCCACUCUGUACCUUUCUCUCUUAUGGCGCUGGAAGCUGCGAUCUACCCGCAAGACCCGUUUGGUUACCCACCAUUAUUCAAGGACCAGUACUAUGGCUAUGGCUUCCAGCAACAACAAAAAGAAGAAGAAGACGGCGCCCUUGGAAUAAUCCUCGAGGACAAAAUAAUGUUCAACGAUUCCAUCGCCACAUUUUUCAACCCCCCGCUGCCGCAGGAGGAAGAUGUGGUAUUACUGGGUUCCGCAUCCGUUGCCCCCGCACGGCGGAAGCGGCGGCGGAGCAAGAACACGAAGAAGAACAAAGAGGAAGUAGAGAGCCAGAGGAUGACCCACAUCGCCGUGGAGCGCAACCGGAGGAAACAGAUGAACGAGUACCUGGCCUUGCUUCGCUCUCUCAUGCCCUCUUCCUACGUUCAAAGGGGAGACCAAGCUUCGAUAAUUGGAGGAGCGAUUAAUUUCGUCAAGGAGCUGGAGCAGCUGCUGCAGGCCAUGGAAGCUCAGAAAGAGGCUAAACACCAACAAGAUGCUCAAAACGACGACGGUCAGGCGGGGUUGACUGAUAACGGCCGUUUGUCGUCGCCGCCGUUGUUUGCCGAGUUUUUCGCCUUCCCGCAGUACUCAACUCGGAACCCGACCUUGCAGGCUCAUCAGUCGCCGGAAGAGUCGCCCGGCGACGGGAUGGCCGGCAGUUUGGGUGGUGUAGUAGCGAGGGAGGCGGCGGCGGUUGGAGAGAUAGAAGUGGCGAUGGCGGAGAGUCACGCCACCGUGAAGAUUCUGGCCAGGAAACAGCAGAGGCAGCUGGUGAAGCUGGUUGCUGGGAUGCAGGGACUCGGGUUCACGAUUCUGCACCUCAACGUUACCACCAGUACCUCGGAUCAAACGGUUCUCUACUCGCUUAGCUUCAAGGUGGAGGAAGUGUGCCGUCUGAACACGGUGGAUGAGAUGGCAGCUGCCGUCAAUCAAAUGCUACGGCGGAUUGAGGAAGGAAGCUAUACUGAUCAAGCUUGCUAGCUAGCUGCUUAUUUAGCUGGCGGAAUCAAUUAAUUAAGUUGUAACGAACUUUUAAUUCCUUUGGUUUUGGUAGUGGUGAAUCUACUUGGUACUUAAUUUUUUAGCAAUAAUAGCUCUAAAAUUAAUUAUGUGGAUGUUGUUCAAUAUUUUAUCACAAGAAUCUCUUAGCAAAGUUAAUCCUGAAAGAAGGUCUCUCCAUCUGCUUGAAAAUUAUUAUUAUUAUUAUUAUUAUUAUUAUUAUUAUUAUUAUUAUUAUUAUUAUUAUUAUUAUUACCGAGUGGAGAUUCAAAGAGACAUUGUGGAGAUUAGGGCUUACCCCAAUGGAGAGAUUCUAAGACGAUUACCGAGUGGAACUAGAGUACUGAAUAACAGCAGAAUUGAAAA